AACACACGCUGGAAGUCAAGGCGGUCAAUGGAUUACACAGUGUCCCUUCAAGUGCAGCAUCAGCUGACGGUAUUCCCCAACAGCUUGUACCACGGCUACAGUUUGGAGUUACAGAUGAAGUCCACUGGGGGGGAGGAAUGCCUCUUUACGGACAGCUACUGCAAGGUGUGCAGCGCCCAGCUCAUCUCCCAGUCCCAGCGGGUGGCGCACUAUGAGAGCCGAAAGCAUGCCAACAAAGUCCGACUGUAUCACAUGCUGCACCCUGCGGAUGGCGGCUGCCCCGCCAAGAAGCUACGGGCAGACAAUGGCGGCGCUGACGGCGACGUAGACAAGAACAAGUGCUGCACUCUGUGUAACAUGUCCUUCACCUCCGCCGUGGUGGCACAGUCUCACUACCAGGGCAAGAUCCACGCUAAGAGGCUGAGGCUGCAUCUGGGGGGGCAGGCGUCCCUCAGCGAAACUGCGGCGGAGGAUGCGGCCAGCCCUUCUGAGGGGCCGUCGGAGGCCUGCUCCCCAGGGAACUCCCCCACACCGCGCCGUGACUCUGACCGCUACUGCCAGCUGUGCAGGGCCUGGUUCAACAACCCAGGCAUGGCCCAACAGCAUUACACCGGCAAGAAGCACCGUAAGAAUGCUGCACGCGCCAACCUGCUGGAGCAGCUGGGGGAGACGCUGGGCCUGGGAGAGCUCAAGGGCCUAAAGCGCUGCCACAGCUGCGAGCUCUGCAGUGUGACCCUGAACUCGGCGGCUCAGUACCACGCCCACCUUCAGGGCUCCAAGCACCAGAACAACUUAAAGAACCAGAGAGUCCAGUGAGCCCGGAAGACAGAAUUGUUGUCAGAUAACCUGCAGUUCUCUCCCUUUCUUCCUCUUCUUCUUUUUCUUUCUUUCUUUCUCUUUCUUUCUUUCUUUCUUUCUUUCUUUCUUUCCCUCUCUCUCUUUCUUUGUCUUUCUCUCUCUUUCUCUCUUACCCUCCCUCUUUCUCCUUCUCUCACUAUCACUCUCUCUCUCUCCUCCCAUCUCUACAUUUUUCCCAUUUAGCCUCAUCUUGGCCUUUAAUGCUCCUCCUCCCCUCAUCGCCUUGGGCUGAACUAGCAGCCAUCAUCCGUGUGUCAAUAUCAGCUGUCCAGGUAGCUUCGAGUCGCCGUGUGUUUAACAUGAAUAUAGAUUUUCCCUCUCACUCCCCAGAGCUUGUAAUCUGUUUCUGGAGGGGAGGGCAAUAUGUAGUGGGGUAGGACAUCAAUAAUUCAGUGCAGCUAGCAUUAUAUAUUUAAGUUGUUUUAUAUCAUACUUUGUCUGGAUUGAUUUCAGCCUUUAUAGUUCCAGUUUGUUGUUUGGGAGGCAGAGAUGAGGUGUAUGAGGCUGGUAUUCAGAAGCACAUGUAAGGAACAUUGUGUAAUACAAUUCCGGUGGGGGAGGCUGGUGAUAAAAGUUAGAAAUUGAAUAGUACAAAUUGUUUUCUUGUCAUCAUUUUCUAAAAAAAAAAAAGAAUUUAUCGGCUUCCAGGACUUCACAGAACUGUUCAGUUUCUUCAAUUUGUCUUGCAGCUUUGGCAUUAAAAGACUAGGAUCUGAUACAGGAUUGUGAUUAGGAGGAAAUGAGGCAAAAGGAGAAUGUCUGUGUGGCACUACAGGGUGUAUCUUCAGCCGGCCUGUUUCACACGCCAUCGCGAGGGGGGUGUUUGCUCAUUACACCACCUUAAACUGGAUCCCUCCUGAUUUCCAAAAUGGCUCCUCAAAACUCGUUUUCAUUCUUAUUUCGCAGGGAACAUCAACUGAAAUGUGAAAUUAAUUUAGAAACUAAUUUCCUAACUUACUAAUUUACUGAGUAAAGUUAAUCAUGCUUUUUCAUCCUGUUUUUUUUCACUAAUAUACCCACCAGAAUCUGCAGAAUCUGGAAUCUGCACCUCAUUUCUGGGUGUUUAUUUGGGGAGGUCAAGUGAGACACUGUUAAACUGUAAAAAGGUUCAUGUACUUGUGAAAUAUAUAAUGCAAUUAUCUGUUUAUUGACGUGUGCAUGUCUAUUCUUGAGGAAAUGUGCGGGGAUUUAACAGAGACUCACAAACUGGAAUGCUUUGAGCACAUGAAGCUUCUAGUGUCUGAGAUAUGUCAUAAAGGGAAAAUGAGACCUGACGAGAUCCAUCCCAUAAUCCCUGCACUGUCCCCCACAUACGACGUCACUCUUCUUGGUUUGUCUCCUUGGUUGUGUUUGCUGUAUUGUUGCUUAAAGGAUCCUUUGUAAAUAAACUCUUUCUUUCCUUUAAUGUACUGUGAUAACUUUGUUCUUUGUUUUUUCCUCGGUGAAUAUUUGGGAAGCAAUGUAUCUCCAGCACUGACGGCCUUUUGAAGCAAAGCGUGUUUCUCUCCUGUGUUCAUUAAGUACCUCUGCAUCUUAAUUUCUCAGAAGACACAUAUUGGUCCAGUCUUCUAACAAAACAUGCUCGCUGUGUGCUAAAGCUUAGCAACACUUAAGAAAGUAUCGCUGAUGCUGGAGUAAUGUUGAGGUAGGAAAUCCCUCUCCAGGUGCCUUAGGUUUGAAUCCAAGAAAGGGAGCUUCAUAUAUUCCCAGAAGUUCUUCAGAGUUUUUGGAGUCCAUGGCUGUGUAACGCUGCAAAGAUUCCAGUGUGAAGUAUACAACUCAGAUACUGGGGGGCACCCUCUGAUUCAUCUUCUCAGCGAGGGAGCAUUUGGGAAUGAUGGCUUGUGUGACUCUUCCACAUUAGGGCUCCUCUCCAGCAUGUGGGAAGAAGAUGCUGAUCUAUCCAAGUGCCUUCGAUUACUGCUGAGUAAGCGGCCAGUUUUACAUUUAAACACAGGAGGGGAAAUCUGGAUCUGUGAAUCAGGAGUAUUGGCUUGUGUAUGUUAAUAUAAUCGGAUUUAAAUAAUUUCUUGGUUUUAAUUUAGUAUUUUCAUAAUAAAUUGCUUUCUUUGAGUGAAAUUGUAGAAUAUGUGGCUGGAUUUGACUGAACCACAAGAGGUUGCAUAUUGUUUUCUUUAUUUAUUGUUUAUUAAUCCAGAGUUGUGUUCUGCACAGGAUUAUACCCCAAGAAUUUUCCAGAAACUGUUCAUGGUGAAAAAGGCAGAAAUCAGAGAGGCGGGGAGACCGACAUGCACACGGGUGACUCAGCUUUGUGUCUUUACAGGAGAGAUUCUCCCCCCCUGAAAACUCACCUCAGUGAGUUUAGUUUUGUUUUGCACUCGUUCUCCAAGACAUUCCAAAAGCAAUUCAACUCAGUGAAACUUCGAGAGGAACACAACUUUGAAACAGGGAGCUGUUUUUCACACAUACUGUAUUUCAUAUAAAAUGACCUUUAAGGUAAAGUUUGAGUCGAAAAGUGUUUUCAUUUUUUUUGAGGGGGGGCGGCGGGGGCAUCUUUGCUGGGUCCAAGGGCCUGUGUCACAAAACUGGAUUUCAUGAUUAGCUGGACAACCAAUCAGAUUUAAGGUAGUCUGGGCUAAAUUAAAAUCCAACAAAUUAUCUUGUUAAGCAGAAAAAUUCAGCUUUGUGAUACAAGCCUGAUGUCACCCUGACAAAGUGGAAUAAAGACUUUCAGGUGGAGUGUGAUCACCGAAUGUGGGCUGGCAGCUCAGGUAAAUUACUCCGAUGCCAAGUCUUCCUUAGUGUAUUCUGUUCAGACAGGAAGAUAAUCAUCAGGAAACCCACAGAAGCUACAGCGACAUGGAUUAACCAAAGAGACUGGCAGUAGGGAGGCUUUUGUAAGCUCAGCAGAUACAGGAAAUGACUUUAGCAGGGCUGAAGGUGAGAGGGGCUGUGUGCGGCAGAGAAGGUGUUGGCUAGCAUGGGAGUGGAGAAUUAUGGGAAAAGUGUGUGAUAUUAGUGGCAGCUGGUUGAGAGACCAACCCUGUGUGAAAUGCCAGGAUGACAAAGAGAUCAGGUGUAGAAGGUGGUUGCUUUCCUGACUGCUUAUUCCCUGUGACCUGUAGUGGCAUAGAUUACAUUUCUCCACAGAAAUACAACUAAUCCACCAUGACAAGAAGUGUCCCUCUGGAAUUAACCACAAAGCAUUGUGGGAUAAUAGCUGGCGGCUUCCAUUUGUAAUUACUAUGCAAGUGAUGUCUCUGUCAUUGACGCUGACACAAGAAGUAGCUACAUCUUCUGUUCUUGUUUGCAUAAAUGUAUAAUACACAUUUUUAUGUUGUUUCAUACAAAUGAAUAUUCUUAUUUGCUUGUGUCUGAAAAUGUUUAUGUGUAGUUCAUAAUGGGUAAUAUUGUUCAUAAUGAACAUUAUUGAAGCUGUAGUAUUUUUUGUUUCAUAAUUCCACUGGUAUAAAUGUAGCCUCCCUAGUUUUCUAAUGCAAAUUACAAUACUUAAUGACAUGCUCUUUCAUUUUAACUUUCUGCUUUGCUGUUAAUAAAUGUCCUUGUGGCUUUGUUUUAAACUCUGA